AUGAAUCUGACAGUUGAUGCAUCUAUCUUAACCCCAACAUCAACACCAACAUCGACAACAACAACUAAUACAUUCAAACAAUAUUAUCAUAGACCAUUAAGAUAUUAUUUACAAUUAUCUAAUGAACAAAAACAAUCACUUAGAUCCUAUUUAUAUCAUUCAGAUCAUUGGCUUACACAACAAAUGAAUAAUCCAUUUUUAUCUAAUAUCAUUACAAAUGAUCAUGGUGUUAAUUCUUAUGAUAAUGAAAAUGAUAAAAAUCCACAAUUCAAUAAUCUUCAAUAUAAUGAAAAAAUACAAUCUAUAAUUGAAAAAUUUAAAAAUAAAAUUUUACAUCAAUUACAUUUGAAAACGGUACCAAAAGUCAAUGUGAAUAAUGAAUCUGAAUGGAAUUCCUUACCAAUAAUAUUACGUAAUCGAUUAAAAGCUGAAAUUGAUGUGAAUAAUCAAUUUAUUGAUAAACCAAUUGGACAAGAUGAAGAGAAAGAAACAUUGAUUUUGUUAAAACAAUACCAACCGCCAGUGAAACUGCCCAAUCCAAAUAUAUUUACAUUAAAAGUAGCCGAAGAAAUUGAUCCAACUCAUAUAAGCCGAGUUACUCUUCAUGUCGAGAUCAACGGUGAAAUUCGUCCAAAUUCAAUAUUCACUUUAUGGGAAAUUCAUCCUACAUUAUUUAAACCAAAUUUUUUAUGGUUUAAUGAUAUUAAUGAUAAUAAUAAUAAUGAUAAUGAUGAUUUAACAGCUGAAUCGUUACCACAAACUGAUAUCAAUGAUUAUAAUGAAAUGGAAAAUGAUCAGAAAUUUCAAUCAUCCAAUUUAUUCAAUGAUCCAUAUAGAUUAUCUAUUAAUGAUUUCCAAAGAAUGUUUAAAUUAAUUAAACCAGAAAUAGCUAAAACUAUGAUACCUCAAAAUAAUUUGACAUCUAUGAUAACAUUGAAUAUUACAAAUCGUAUGAUUCAUUGGUUAAAAUAUAACCAUAUAAAAAUUCAAGCCUAUAAACCAUUAAUAAGAUAUUUAAUGAUUAUGUGUAAUGAUUGUGAUAAUGAACAAAAUAUUAUUGAUCCAAAAAAGGUUGUUAUGGAAAUUAAAUAUCGUCCACGUUUAAAAAGACAGAGGCGUUCAUUAACUAAAGGAGACGAGACAAUAUACAAUGUAUGUCGUUCUAAUGGACACCAUUAUAGUUGUUGUACACAACCAUUAUCUGUUAAAUUUUCUGAUAUUGGUUGGGAUAAUUGGAUUAUACACCCGAAAAGUUUUGAACCGAAUUAUUGUAGAGGAUCCUGCAAAGUCACAUCAACAAAAAGUCUACACUAUGAUGUUAUGGAUUUAUUAUUACGUAAGAAUUUAUCACAAUUUGGAAAUAUUCAACGUGAUGAUGUACAAUCUUGUUGUCAUCCAACUCAAUUAACUAGUAUGUCUGUUUUAUAUUUGGAUUCAAAUCGUGAAUUACAAAUGCAUACUUUACAUAAUUUAAUUGUUUUAGGAUGUGCUUGUAGUUAAUAAUACUAUUCAUUCCUAUUAUAUUCUAAAUUACAUGUCUACUACAUGUGUGUAAUGUUGAUUAUUUUGUUCAAUUACAUAAAUUCUAUUGUUGUUAUUGUUCAUAUUCAAUUUAUUAACUAUCUAAACAAAUGCUUACAUUUUCAAAUAUAAAUGAAGAAUAUGUAACGGUUAUAAAUUUCCUAGAUAGAUUAUUUACUUACAUAAAAUGUUUCCAUCUAUUUAUGUAUGUUGUGAAUUGUUUUAAUUUGGAUGUAACCAUUUCACAAUAAUGUUUAAAUAUGGAACAUAAUUCAAACACUAUUAAUGAAUCAUAUAUUCAGGCGUUCAAUAAAUGUCAAUUUUGUUUCUAUCACUAAUCAACUAGUUCAUAUAAGAUUUUUGAUAACUUCUAAAAAUAGAGAGAGAGAGAGAGAGGGAACACUGUCACAAACAUCUCAAAUGAUCUGAUCAUUAUGGUUGACUUUUUCUGCAAUAUUAUUUUUUAACAUUACAAAAUCAAGCGCGCACACAUACACACACAAACAUUUCGUCAUCCUCAUCAUCAUCAUUCAUUAUUCUCUUGUCUUAACCUAAUACUGAAUGAAAGUGAAAUGUCAAUAACUAUUUUUGUGUUCUGUUUAAAUGUUCACAAUCAUUUUAUUUGUUUUUCUUGUAUUCAUAUAUUUUUUUUGGUUGUUGUUUGUGAAAUGUGAAAUAAUAUUCAAUUUUAUGUGUAAAUUUUAAUACAUAGAAACGAAAAAAAAAGUAACUCGCCGA